CAGUUGGCUGGUCAGCUCUGCAAUGGAUGGAUGAGGAGACACUUUUACUACCUUAUAAAAGGCCCGACCCGGGACAGCUGUCACCCUCUACAAAUGGUCAUGGAAAAUUCUUGCUCAAAAGUCCUCAUGGGAACAUUCCCUGCUGUUUCUUAAAGUAGGCUGCCUCUGUUGUUUCCAUCAAAGCCAUUGUCUUAAUGGUGCUCAACCUUCUUUGUGUAAUGAAGAAGCAUGAUGUUUCUGGCAUCAGCUAGUGUUUUACAGUCAAAACAGAGGCCUGGCCUUCUUUUUUUAACUUUUUUUUUUUUUAUACCUUGUCUGCAUUCCUUUUCGACACCCCCUAGUAAAUACCCAGCAGUGUCAGGCACAGGCCUGAUCUGGAUGAAAGUUUACAAGGCAGAGUGAAUCAAAAAUGGGAAGUAAUUUAGGAUUUGUCUAACAAAACCCAGAUGGAUUGUUUUGCCGCCGGACAUGAUUUGUUUUCUUGUGUGAUGAAUUUAAGACUUUCUCCAGAAAGCAGAUAUUUGAGUCAUUUGGGGGCUGGAGGAGAAACAUAGCAGGAGGGUGAAGGGUGGCAGAGGUGCAGGAGCCAAACGGGACUGGGUGGAGGGGAAGAAGUGGGACGUCCUAAACUCCUUUCAAUAGCAUUACACCUUUCCUCACAUUCAUAAUACACUUCCCAACAGAUUUCUGUGCUUAGGUCUUGUUUGUGCUCUACUACAGUAUAUGCUGCUGGAAAGAGAAAUCAGGAGACUUUGAGACUGAAGAAUAAGGAAGAAAAGAACUGAACAGACCCUCCUGCACGUCUGUUCUCUCUCUCGUUGAACCUUUUGGAGUGAAAGUGUCUUAACAACACCUAUACAUUUGUUCAGCCCUCCCUCCAGCUGUGUAUGUGACAGUGUGAGUGUCCUGUUACUAUGAAAGCCACAUAUGUGCUUGUUUGUGUGGGUCUGGCUCUUCUUCCGGGUACAAUCUGUCAGUCUCCUGCCGAACGUGAAGCUUACACAGACUGUACAGAUGGCUAUGAGUGGGACGAGCAGACUCAACUCUGUCGAGACAUAAAUGAGUGUGAGACCAUUCUGGAGGCCUGUCGGGGAGAAAUGAAGUGCUUCAAUCAUUAUGGUGGUUACUUGUGUCUUCCUCGCUCCUCCUACGUGAUCACUGCACCUGAAACCGCCAGCCAAUCAGAGCCCAAUGUGCCUGUGCCAGAAAAUGAGGCCUUUAACCCCUGUCCACUCGGCUACAGGGCCCAAGGAGAGUCCUGCGUGGAUAUUGAUGAGUGUCAGCUGAACAUGCAUGACUGCCAGCCCAGCCAGGAAUGUAUCAACACAGUGGGCACCUUCACCUGUCAGUGUCCUGACGGCUACAGCAAGAUUGGCAUAGAGUGUGUGGAUAUCGAUGAAUGCAGGUACAGGUACUGUCAGCAUCGCUGUGUGAACGUGCCAGGAUCUUUCUCUUGUGAGUGUGAACCAGGCUUCCAGCUGGCCGGAAACAACCGAUCUUGUGUUGAUGUAAAUGAGUGUGAAAUGGGAGCACCUUGUCAGCAAAGGUGCUACAACAGUUACGGGACAUUCCUAUGCCGCUGUGAUCAAGGUUAUGACCUGGGACCUGAUGGCUACUCAUGCAAUGAUAUUGACGAGUGCAGCUACUCCAGUAUAUUGUGCCAGUAUCAGUGUGUGAAUGAGCCUGGAAAAUUCUCCUGUGUUUGUCCAGAAGGCUACGAGCUACUUGGAUCUCGACUCUGCCAGGAUGUGAAUGAGUGUGAGACGGGCACUCAUCAGUGUGGAGAAGGACAGGUCUGUGUGAACAUCCAUGGAGGACAUCAGUGUGUGAGCACCAACCGCUGCCAGGAGCCUUACAUCCAGGUCUCAGAGAAUCGUUGUAUUUGUCCGGUGGUGAAGCCAGAGUGUCGUGAUCUGCCUUUCUCCAUUGUGCAUCGAUACAUGAGCAUCACAUCUGAACGCUCCGUUCCCUCCGACAUCUUCCAGAUUCAGGCCACCAGCGUCUAUCCUGGAGCCUACAACUCCUUCCGCAUCCGAUCCGGAGAUCAAAAUGAGGAAUUCUACAUAAGGCAAAUCAACAACAUUAGUGCGAUGCUGGUUUUGGCGCGGGCCGUGUCGGGGCCGAAAGAAUACGUCCUGGACCUGGAGAUGCAGUCGGUCAAUCCACUGAUGAACUACCAGACCAGCUCAGUCCUACGCCUCGCCGUUUACAUCGGCCCUCAUGCCUUCUGAACACACUGAGAAACAGAAGGAGCAACACAAGGUUUUCUCUAGUCAGUCUAUUUCUGCUUUCAUGAGUUGAAAAUUAGCAACACUUUCCUCGAAUUCACAAGCUAAUAAUGUGACUUCAGCCUGUGACUGUGCUUUAUUCUGGGAAGUGUGAACGCAUCUGAACAUUCAUUUAUUCUUCUCAGUUUGUCAUCGUAGACUCAUUUUUACACAUCCCGUACAUGAGAAACACAAACACACAGCAAUUUUUUUUUAACUGAGGCAUUGUUUCUUAUUAAUAUCUCAAUGCAUUCUUAUAGUUAUCUAAUCUGCAUGUGAUAUACAUACAGUUAAGCCUUAAAAUGUGUCUGUAAUUUUCUAAAACAAACUAAAAACAAAUCCAGAACUUAAACGAGGAGAAUAUGAGAGGAUUAAAUGAAUUCUGUAAAUAAUUUGUGAGACAAUUCUUAGGUAAAUUGCUGCAUUUUCUUUCAUGUUUUUUUUAUAUCAGAUUUUUGUGUUGAAUUAUUUUUGAAAAAUAUUUUUAAAUGUUUUAGUAUAUCGAUUUUUUUUCACAUCUGUUGAAGUAAAAAUGUUUGAUUAAAUACAAGAAAGCGAAAAAACUCUCUUUAUAUCUCUCUAUUUGUGAUUUUCUUCCUCCUUUAUCUUUUCUUUUAGCCUUUUUUUCAUCUGUAAGUCCGUCAGUCCCAGCUGAAUGAAUAUAUAUUUCCUUUUGUGUGCAUGCAGAUAUUUUUGUGCAAAUGUACAGGUUAGUAGACGAAAUGUAUUUCUCAGGUGUCUCCACAUGGUGACAGUGUAGCACUAAUACACAAACACACACACACACACUGAGUUUACCUAUGUACAAUGAGCUGAAAUAACAGUUAUUACAGUCACGGCUAAAAGCCAAAGUUCACAAACGUGUUGCUCAGAAUAACAUCACACUUAUAGGCUCUUCAGGGCUACUGUAAUCAACCUUUUUAUUGUGAAAAUCUUGUAUUCCAUUGUAAGAAAUUAGUUGUUCGGUGGAUUUGGAUCAGAUUUAGUGUAAAUUUACUGUUUCAUGUCAAAUAUUUCUAUAGGUGAGAGACUGCAGGUGAAGAGAGUAAAAAAAACAAGCUUAUUUUUCUGAUUACAUUAAGAAUUGC